AUGAAAAUUGAAAAGGUUAAUGCAAUCGUAGGCAUACUUCUUUCUGUAUUAUUGGUCCUACAGAUUCCAGUGUUGUCAUCAUCACCACCGGUGGCAUCAUCGCUUCACCAGCCAAUUCUUCCGUCUGCAACAAUCUCGGAGUCUUUUCCGCUUGCAGACACUGUGUCUCCAUUCACAGGUUCCACUCUUCCUAGGACACCGCCAAACCUGCAGGCAACAACAAGGCCAAUCUCAACUAUUGUAAUGCCGCAUGCAUAUUCGGUGCAAGGUUUUCAGGCUCCAGCUUCAUCCUUUGGCCGAUGGGUCGAGCAUAGCUCUCAACAGCAUGAAUCAUCUGUUCAUCAUGAUUGCAAUCUGAGUAGAGUACAGAUGCUCAAUCCCCUUCCAUUUUUGGGCACGGAAUCUCAAAAAAAUUUUCCAGCCGACCUGUCUAGGAGUGCAUUAGCCACGAAAGCCUCUUAUUACCUAGAUCCUGAUAAGCUAUCUUCGCGCCAAGCACUCCCGGAAGGAUCGUGCCCGGUCAGACGCACAGGAUAUCCCCAAACGAUAGAUCCACAAAUACCCUCAGCUAUGCAACAACAUUCAUCCUUUAACAGACAGCAAAUUCAACAGCAUCAACUGCAACAACAGCCACAUAAGCAAAGAAUGACCACUAAUAAUCUAUCUCCUCGAGUUGCCUUGCAGCAACCUCAACAACAGUAUCAAAAUCAAUCAAUACAACCACAGAGGUCUCAUGUAGAGAAGCAGCAGUCACCAAAAAAUCAACAGUUUCAACAACCCUGGCAACACCAAGAGCGUUCUCAACAAUAUAAUCAGCAGCAAAAACACAUUAAUCAGCCUGCCUUCCUGCAGUCUUCUGAGGGGACAAUGACAGCCGAGCAGAUAGAGAAGCGAUACGAUGCGCUGCAACUCCAGAAGACACACUUGGAAACCCUUAUAUCUAAACUACCAGUGCGUACUGAUGAAACUGCCAGUCCAAAAACACAGGGACAAGAGGAGGUGAGAAAAAUGUAA